AUGGCAAUCCUCCGUGUGCCGUACACAGACCCCCUGCCACUUCCCAAGAUAAUCCCCGCCAGCGCGACAACAACGUCCGGCGCAAUCGCGGCACUCAUCGACUUUCUCUCGCCCUCGCUGUCUGCCCCGAGACCGUACUUACGCGGCUCUUCGCCGGCGAAGACGAAUGGCAAGACCCUGCUCUUGACAGGCGCGGGGAUCAGUGUCGCCUCCGGGCUGGCGGAUUAUCGGGGCCCGAACGGGACGUAUACGCAGAACAAGACGUAUAAGCCAAUCUACUACAACGAGUUCUGCGAGAACAACGAAGCGCGCAAGAGAUACUGGGCAAGGAGUUUUCUCGGCUGGACGAAUCUGAACAAGGCACGGCCGAACAAGGCACAUGAGGCUUGUGGGGAUCUGGGCCGGUUGGGCGUUGUAGGGCGGGUGAUUACGCAGAACGUGGAUUCAUUUCACCCCAAAGCACACCCGUCCCUCCCCACGAUCGAACUGCACGGCUACCUGAGAAAUCUGGUCUGCAUAACGUGCCGCAACGAAUACGACCGCCGGUUAUUCCAAGAUCAGCUCGCGCAGCUGAACCCCGCGUGGGCCACUUUCCUCGCGGAAAUGCUUGCGAGCGGCGCGCUGGACUCGGAGAACCCCGACGAGCGGCGGAAGAAAGGGUUAAAGACGAAUCCAGACGGCGACGCCGACGUGCCCGAUGCACCGUACACAACGUUCCGCUACCCGCCGUGUCCGACGUGUUUACAGAACCCGCCGCGGAAGGCGGACGGAAGUGCUAUGAGGAUUGAGACAGACCAAGAUGGCGCAUGGAGGCAUGGCAGUGAGGGUGGAGUACUGAAGCCUGCUGUUAUCAUGUUCGGAGAGAGUAUACCGGCGUUGACAAAGGUCGCUGCUGAGCAGGCUGUGGACGAGGCGGGGAGGCUAUUGGUGAUUGGGAGUAGCCUCGCGACAUACUCCGCUUGGAGACUUGUCAAGAAGGCCAAGGAGCAGAAGCUGCCAAUAGGCAUAUUGAAUAUGGGCGGUGCGAGAGGAGAGGAGGCUUUCUUCAGCGAUGUAGAAGAGAGCAACACGGGGCGGCAGGCUGUGAGGGUCUCGGAGAACGUCGAGAAGGUGCUACCUCAGGUUGUGAAGAUAUUGGAGAAGAUGAAGGGGAGGUCCUGA